AUGGCGCCAGCAGGCGAACGUCUGUCUGUCCUCUGCGCGCGCCUGGGGCUGUGCAGCCGCUCGGAGGCGGUCCGCUACAUACGCCUCGGGCUAGUCUGCGUGGAUGGGGCGCCAGUGCUCAGCGCCGCUGCCGUCGUACCGGAGGCGGCCUCGAUCCAGCUGGAGCCGCGCGGGCAGCGCAUGCAGGCGAGCAAGGUCACCCUGAUGCUGCACAAGCCGCGCCACUACGCGUCCUGCCGCGCCCGGGGGGGCGCGCCGCUGGCCCGGAGCCUGCUCGUGCCGGCCAACCGGGCGCCGGGGUGCCGCACCCGCCAGGACCCGCGCCAGCUGAGCAGGCUCGCUGCCGCAGACGCGCUGGAUGAGGCUCCGAAGAGGGCGCCUGUCAGCAUCGUUUAA